AUGGCGACUUCUCCCGUCGCCGUCGUCUGUAUCGGCAUGGCCGGAUCCGGCAAAACUACCUUCAUGCAGCGCAUCAACAAUUACCUACAUGUCAACAAGAAGAAACCCUAUGUGCUCAACCUGGAUCCUGCGGUUAUCAACGUUCCCUUCCAACCCAACAUUGAUAUUCGCGAUAGUAUCAACUACAAAGAAGUCAUGAAGCAGUACAAUCUUGGUCCAAAUGGAGGCAUCCUUACAUCUCUUAAUCUAUUCGCAACCAAGAUUGAUCAGAUCAUCACUCUACUUGAAAAGCGAGCAAAUCCACCGCCCGAUAGCAAAGUGCCGCCACCGAAGCAUUUCCUGGUUGAUACGCCCGGCCAGAUCGAGGUCUUCGUAUGGUCUGCUUCGGGCAGCAUUCUCCUCGAGUCACUUGCAUCCUCCUUCCCUACUGUCAUUGCCUACAUCAUUGAUACGCCACGCACCUCUUCCACAUCAACAUUCAUGUCCAACAUGCUCUACGCAUGUUCGAUUCUAUACAAGACAAAGCUGCCAAUGAUUCUUGUUUUCAACAAGACGGAUGUGCAGGACGCAGAAUUUGCAAGAGAAUGGAUGACGGAUUUCGAUAAAUUCCAGGAAGCCCUCAAUGAAGAGCAGAACAAAGGUGUCUUCGGUGGCGAGGGAUUUGGUGGAGGGAGCGGCUACAUGGCCAGCCUUCUCAAUAGCAUGAGCCUCAUGCUGGAAGAGUUUUAUUCUCAUCUGAACAUGGUGGCGGUGUCGAGCAUGACUGGCGAGGGCAUCGACGAAUUCUUUGCUGCCGUUGAGGAAAAGCGGAAAGAAUUCGAACGGGACUACCGGCCGGAGCUGGAGAAAAGAAGGAAAGAGCGCGAGGAGGAGAGCGCGGCGAAACGCGAACACGACUUGACGAAAGUUAUGAAAGACAUGAAAAUGGAUUCCAACUCAAAGUCAGGUGAUAAGGGAACCUCUAAAGGAGAAUCUGAUGAUGAUGACGACGAUGAGGACGAGCUUGUUGAUGCGGACGACUUCCCUGACGCGGAACGAGAUGACGAUGAGGAAGGCUUGAAGCAACGAUACAAGAACGCCCUACGUGAACAAGGCAUUCAAGUCGACGAUGACGAUCCAACAGUAGCCCGAAUGCUGGCAGAGACACGGCGAUCAGGUUGA